AUGAAAGCUGUUAAAAAUAAAUCCCGCCUGCUAUUGGGUCUGCGCAAAUCUCCAGCCGAUUUACACAGUGCAAAGUUCAUACAUUAUUAUGGACCCACAUAUGUGGACAGUGCCAUCUACGAUUUGGAAGAUUUCCAGUCCAUAUUGAAUGAUGAGAAAUUUGAUAAAAACAAAAACACAGUCCUCUAUUUACAUGGCUAUUUGGAAAAUGUCGAUGUGGAGAGUAUCCAUGUCAUUGUCGAUGCCUAUAUGAAGAGGACAGAUACAAAUCUAAUUGUUUUGGAUUGGGGUGAAUUGGCCGAUGGCAACUAUGCCUUUGAUGCUGUGGUAAAUGCCAAACAAUUGGGUCCGGUAUUGGCCAAAAUGUUGUUACAACAAUUUGAAAAUGGUUUGGACAUAGAAAAAUUCCACAUUGUGGGUCAUUCCCUGGGUGGUCAAAUGGCUGGCAUUGUGGGUCGUGAAAUCUAUGCACGCAGCAAAAAGACCAAGAAAAUCAAACGCAUUUCAGCUCUGGAUCCCGCCUUCCCUCUAUUCUACAUGACCGUGGGCAUGGCCAAACAUUUAAGCCGUCACGAUGCUGAAUUUGUUGAUGUCAUACACACUGAUGCCUGGCUAUAUGGAGCUCCCUUUAGUACCGGCACUGCUGACUUUUGGCCCAAUGCUGGGAAAACCCUACAACCUGGCUGCCCAAAACGGAAUUAUCGCAUGCUAACCGAUAAUGAUUUAUCCAGUCAUCGUCGUUCCUGGUGGUUUUGGGCGGAAAGUGUUGCCAAUGAAUAUCCAGUGAAAUUUAAUUGUGUAAAGGCGAAAGACUGGUCCGACUUUAAGGUUGGCAAACUUAUCAACGAUGAUCGGGAACAUGUUGUCAUGGGCCAUGAUUGUCCGACGAAUAUUUCUGGUGAUUAUUUCCUGCAAACAAACGGCUCGAAACCUUAUGCCCGUGGUGUCCAGGGUACAUAUUAUAUUGAACCUAAAGAUCUUCCGGGUUAUCUCUAUAAGGAGGAUGAUUUAACAACGUAG